AUUUUUUUCUUUUCCAUUUUGGUAGGGAUUGGAGUGCUCUAGGGUUUCCUGUAUUAGUGAUGGGCGCCAAUCGUUGAACGUCGCCAACAUCACAUUCACAUAUUCAUUCACGUCAAAAGUUUGUUCCUUUUUUGGUUUUCUUCUCUAAUUACUAUAAUCAUAAUCACUGUUCGUCAACGACAUCCUCCAAAGGAUUAUACCCAUAGCAUGUUCUCUUCUUUCCCAGAUAUCAGAUGCAUAAAUAUAUAAGGAAAGCUGCUCGAUUGGUUCUUCGAGAUCACAAAAGUGGACACCUGGAAGUGGGUAGAAAUGGGGUGAUUGUCACAGCUGGACACAACAUCCACCAAUACAGGUCCUACAUGCAAUAUAAGUUUCCUGGUGAAGCACGUCGUUCAUUGUUGUGGUAUGGGACAUAUGGGAGUUUUCGUAAAUGUUAUUCUCUUAGGAAUACUUCAGUAAUCUCAGCAAGAAAUGCGACGACACUUUAUAAUGCUCAAAUUGCCUGGAAAUCACUGUACAGAAAGUAUUGUUCCAGUCGUGGCACACUUCCCACCAUAAAUACGAUUGCUCAGGCUGUGAGCCUUGCCUUUUCUCAUUAUUAUUUUCUUGUCCCUGGCAUUUUUGCGCUUACAUGUGGAGAGCUUGCAUUGGCUCGGGGAAAUUGGGUAGAUGCAGAUCGCUACCAAUCACAGAAUGCUCUGUAUGUUCGUGCACAAGAUGGGUACAAUUACAUGUUUGCUUUUACAUACCUUGUAGUUGAAGGAAUUGUCCUAUUACUUAGAGCUCUAUAUCUAGCCAUAUUAUUCUCUCCAAGUAUCGUGAUGGCACCAUUUGCAGACUAUCUUGGACCAAAAUACAGGGAAUUGUGGCUCCAGGUCGUUCAUCGUACGCUAGAAAAGUCAGGUCCAGCAUUCAUAAAAUGGGGUCAGUGGGCAGCUACACGGCCUGAUCUGUUUCCACGAGAUCUAUGCUCUAAGCUUUCAGAACUUCAUUCCAAAGCUCCUGAGCAUAGCUUUAACUACACAAAGAAAACUAUAGAAAAAGCAUUUGGCCGAAAAAUUUCUGAGAUUUUUGAAAACUUUGAAGAAUUGCCUGUUGCAUCUGGAAGCAUUGCCCAAGUGCAUCGUGCUAAAUUAAAAUAUCGUUAUCCUGGUCAACAAGGAAACCUCAUGGAUGUAGCUGUAAAGGUUAGACAUCCUGGUGUGGGAGAAUCAAUCAGAAGAGAUUUUGCUAUCAUAAAUUUGGCGGCAAAACUUUCAAACUUCAUCCCUGCCCUAAAUUGGCUAAGGUUAGAUGAGAGUGUGCAACAGUUUGCAGUUUACAUGAUGUCUCAAGUUGACCUUGCAAGGGAAGCUGCCCAUUUGAGCCGUUUUAUAUACAAUUUCCGAUCCUGCUGUAUUGGUAGAAACGUAUGAGAAGGGGGAAAGUGUAUCGCAUUAUGUUGAUGAUCUUCCAGGACAUGAAAGGAUUAAGUCUGCUCUUGCUCACAUUGGGACUCAUGCACUCUUGAAGAUGCUUCUGGUGGACAACUUCAUUCAUGCAGACAUGCAUCCUGGAAAUAUCCUUGUCCGAGUGUCUCAGAGCAAUUCUCGGAAACGGCUCUUCAAAUCAAAGCCUCAUGUAAUUUUCCUUGAUGUAGGCAUGACUGCUGAAUUGUCUGGCAGUGAUCGGGUUAAUUUAGUGGAAUUUUUCAAAGCUGUUGCGCUCCGAGAUGGCCGAACUGCUGCACUAUGUGCACUCAGUUUAUCAAAACAACAGAACUGCCCAAAUCCAAAUGCUUUUAUUGAGGAAGUAGAAGAGGCAUUUACAUUUUGGGGCACUCCAGAAGGUGAUCUGGUUCAUCCUGCCGAGUGCAUGGAGCAAUUACUUGAGAAAGUUCGGCGACAUAGAGUUAAUAUUGAUGGCAAUGUAUGUACGGUCAUGGUGACGACUUUGGUUCUUGAGGGUUGGCAGCGAAAGCUUGAUCCUGGAUACAACGUGAUGCAGACGCUGCAGACGUUGCUACUUAGAGCUGAUUGGGCAAAGUCUCUUUCUUACACAAUUGACGGACUCAUGGCUCCUUGAAUAGGUUGUGUUUGUUGAGGUUCAUUUCUUAGGAAACAAUUUUGACAAAGAUAAAAACAUCACCUGUCCUAGGGUGGUGUCUUACUCGCAUCUGCCCAAUUUUUUUGUUCUUUCUUUUUCUUGUUACCUUGUAGGGGGGAACAAGAUUAUCCCCUGUAUUCAUCUUUUGUUAAUUUCCCAUAGUUUUACUGUGAGGAUCACAGCUUGUAAGAAAGUGAGAAAGUGAAAGUAAACAGAUAAUAAAACGGUGAAAUAUUCAUCUCUCCUCCGUUACACUUUGUUGCACGGUUGCACCAUGGCAAGAUGCAGGAACGUGCUUGGGAUCGUAUAGUUUACUAACCGAAUUUAAUGAAAUUUAACGUUGUAUUUUGAACCA